AAUACAAUCCAAGGUUUGAAGAAUACAAUCCAAUGUUUGAAGAAUACAAUCUAACGUUUGAAGAAUCUAGUUCAACAUUCUAUAAAUCUAGUUCAAUAUUCGAUGAAUCUAGUUCAACAUUCGAUGAAUCUAGUCCGACAUUCGAUGAACUUAAUCCAAUAUUAGAUCAACAAGAUAUCGCUAAUCAAAUG